AAACUAUUUUCAAAAACUAUUCAACUAUGUAUGCACGAUUGCUUUGUAAAACAGCGUAUCUAUAGCCUUUUAGCAUCCGUGUAGGCAUAACAAUUCUUUUUGAAUCGCUGAAGAAUGGUGCAGACAAAUCAGGCUGCCCGGUGUUUUCUCAGCAUCGUGAACAACGCAGAUUACUGAGCAGAGUCCCCCGCUUCACAUAGAUUCUGUUACACAAGGUCAGAGAAAGCAUCUUGGCCCAAAUGAUACAUUCUCCCAUAAGCGUAACCUAUGUGGAGCCACUCUAUCCGUCUAGCUAGAUCGAUACGCUUUAAAAUAAUAUGAUGCAUUAAAACAGACUGGUAGAGGCAAUGAUGCUUUGUAGACAGACAGAGCGAAUUAGUACACCUGAAAAUAGCUGUAUGGAGUUCACUAUACUGGAUGUAUUCUGUAUUUUAUUCAGGCUUGCGGCUACAAAAGGCAGAAAGAUUACCCGGAGAGAUCUCCUUAGGGUUAACGUUCAGCGCACUUGCCAUGACAUCGUGGACUAUGUGUUGGUGCGAGUUGCGCCUCUCGCUCCGGGGUUGCCACGCCCUCGCUUUUCACUCUACCUAUCCUCGCAGCUGCAGUACGGCGUCGUGCUCAUCUUCCACAGGCAGUGCCAGCUUCUCUUGGAGGAGAUCCAGGGGGCCAUUGACAAAAUGAACCGCUACCGCAAGCAGGUCCAGAUCGACAUGCUGCCAGAUGAGAUCAGGCAAAGUCACCUGGUUCCAGAGGCCCUUGACAUUCUGCAUGAGUCAGAGAGAGCUAGUGAUCCUUUCUUUGGAACAAUGGAGUUUGUCCUUCCCAGUCCAACUGACCUGAUUCGGGUAAUUGUUAGUACACUGGCAACAAUGGAGUGGCUUCAACAGCUACCACCUGCCUUCUGCUGGAUAAACGUGGUGUUACAUCUUAAAUUUCUGCUGCUUGAAAUUGAACAUUCACAAUCUUUGGGGAAGACAAAGGUAGUAUGUGUGGUGAUUGUAAUAUUUGCCCUCAAUACUCUAAAGCUACAAUUGACUUAUAUUCAUGAAAUCAAAUUUAUAAUUCAUCUGGCUCAGAAAAUGGAAGCAUUUCCACCAGCGCGUCCACCUUCUGUAAGAGAUGUGAGCCCACCUUCAGAUGGUAUCACUGCUAGUCAGGAAUCCAUCACUUUGACGGAAAGGGAACCCGUUGUUAUGCCGGAGCCGGAGUUUGAAGGGGAGGAGCUGCAGGAGCUUGACAUGAUUGACAUGCUACUGGAGCAACCAGAUCACUUCCCUGAGGGUGAUGAGGAACAAGAGCGCCAAGUGGAAGAAGAGCGGCAGCGAGCGAGAGAGCGUGAAAAAGAGAGGGAAAUUGAAAAAGAAAGGGAGCGGGAGAAGGAGAGAGAAAGGGAAGUAGCCAUUGAGCGAGAGCAGGAGAGAGCAGUGGCAGAAAUCGAAGGAACAAGGGAGCUGACAGGAUCUACCAUCUCCAUGGAGCUGGCUCAAGUCACCGAAGUGUCCGGUAGAGAUGCUUUGCUUGCGCCUGAUGAGGACCUGGGGCUGCCUGUGGAGAUGCCAGAGCUGGAUGAGAGAGAGAGGACCCCGGGUCCUGAGCCCUUACCCCUUCCACCUAUCCCACCCAGCCCAGAAGAAGAGAGGCAGAAGAGGCGGAGAGAGAGUCCCCUGCCAGAGCUUGUCCCAUCCAGUCCUGAGGCUCCUCUAGAGCGUCGGAGGAGGAGGAGACGGCAACUGGUCUUCAUUGAUAAAGACACACAGAUAUCCCAGGAAGCACUGCAGGCACAGUUAAAUGACACAAGAACUGAAACCAAGUCUUUGGAGGACAUUUUGAUCAAAGUGCCUUCUCAAGAGAGCAACAUUGCUGCAACACUUCUCAGUACCUCAUGCAUGCGCCUUCCUCCUGACAUCCUGGAGCUGUGGAAGCAGAAUGCCGUCAUCCACCCUCUCCGCCCCCUUCGACCUCUGCCGGAGGCCAUCCCGGAGAGGGAGAGGGAAAGAGAGAAGGUGGACGAGGGAGAACCUGAGGAAGAGCUCGUUUUCAAAGAGACACCAAGAGAGAUGGUGGAGUCAGGCAUCUCCCAGUAUGAUACUCCAGUGUCAUCUCUGGGGAUAUUGGAGACCACGGAUCGAGACACGUUGCCCCUGGAGACUUCAGAGACCCAACGAUCUCCAGUUCCCAUACCCACCUACGGAUUGGAGGACAUUCCAGAAGAGAGGGUUCCAGAAUUGGGGGCUGUUACUGUGGAUAUUGAGGAUACGCUGGGGCGUCUGCUGCUCAUGGGUGAGCAGGAGGUCACGUUCCACUCUCUGCUGCCCUCUGUGGUGAGCCGCAGGAUUGUCGCCCAGGCCUUUUGGAACCUGUUGGAGCAAAUUGACAAGAACCAGGUGACUGUGCGCCAGGACAAGCCAUAUGGUGACAUCUUUAUCUCACAGAUUCAGCAUCCUCCACCAAUUGAAAGACAGCUGGAAUGACUUUUUUUCAGAUAUGUCAGAUCCAAUGCAAUUAUUGCUAUUAUUGUUGGUUCAAACCUUUGUUUGUUAGUGUCUAUGAAGAAUUGUAUCAGCAUUAUAUAUGCUGUUAACUGGAGCUGUGUUUUUGACUGAUAAUAAAGUCUGGACUGAAGCUUCAUAUUCUGCAUCACUUUUUAAAUCAAGAAGGCAUUUUAUAUUCAUGAAAAUGUGUUGGCCUAGAAUAUUUAUUUAUUAAAAUCAAGCUCUGCUUAGUGUUACAUUAUCUUAUCAAGUUCAAAUGUUUGUUUGUUUUUUACAUUUACUGAAUCCACUAAAUAUUGUCAUUGUUUUAAUGAUUUACUAUGAGUAUUUUGUUUGUCCCAUGUUGUGAUGAUUGAUGAUUUGAACACUUUGCAUUGUUUUUGAUAUUUUACAAUUUUACAGUAUAAUUUUUGUAUGAGUCAUAUAUGGUGUUCCUGACAUUUAACUUAUUAGCUUUAGAAUACUGGAGCUUUGUUGAAUAUUAUUUGAAUUGAACAUCACACUUAGCUGUUAUCUACUAUUUGUUAUUGACCUAUUUGAUGUGGGUUUUUUUGAUAAAAUUAAUGAGUUACUCUUUCAUAUUGCAAGUUUUACUAAAGAGUUUGAAAUAAAUGAAUCUGAAAAUUUGAUGUCAAAUUAAGAUUAUUUUUGUUUUACGCGUUUAUUCAGAUUGUGAUAAAAAAUAGA